GCAAUGCAGCAAGUCUUGGAAAAUCUUACAGAGCUGCCCUCAUCUACAGGAGCAGAAGAAAUAGACCUAAUUUUCCUCAAGGGGAUUAUGGAGAAUCCUAUUGUAAAAUCACUUGCUAAGGCUCAUGAGAGGCUUGAAGAUUCAAAAUUAGAAGCUGUCAGUGACAAUAACUUGGAAUUAGUCAAUGAAAUUCUUGAAGAUAUCACUCCUCUGAUAAAUGUGGAUGAAAAUGCAGCAGAGCUGGUUGGUAUACUCAAAGAGCCUCAUUUCCAGUCACUCUUGGAAGCCCAUGAUAUUGUCGCAUCAAAGUGUUACGAUUCACCUCCAUCAAGUCCAGAAAUGAAUAAUUCUAUCAAUAAUCAGUUAUUACCAGUAGAUGCCAUUCGUAUUCUUGGUAUUCACAAAAGAGCUGGGGAACCAUUGGGUGUUACAUUUAGAGUUGAAAAUAAUGAUCUAGUAAUUGCCCGAAUCCUUCAUGGAGGAAUGAUAGAUCGACAAGGUCUCCUGCAUGUGGGAGAUAUCAUUAAAGAAGUCAAUGGCCAUGAGGUUGGAAAUAAUCCGAAAGAAUUACAAGAAUUACUGAAAAAUAUUAGUGGAAGUGUCACCCUAAAAAUUUUACCAAGUUACAGAGAUACCAUUACUCCUCAACAGAGUUGCAUCAAUAUGGAGAGGCAACCAGCACGCAUCCGGCAGGUAUUUGUGAAGUGUCAUUUUGAUUAUAAUCCAUACAAUGAUAACCUGAUACCCUGCAAAGAAGCAGGACUGAAGUUUUCCAAAGGAGAAAUUCUUCAGAUUGUAAACAGAGAAGACCCAAAUUGGUGGCAGGCUAGCCAUGUGAAAGAGGGAGGCAGUGCUGGUCUCAUUCCAAGCCAGUUCCUGGAAGAGAAGAGAAAGGCAUUUGUUAGAAGAGACUGGGACAAUUCAGGACCUUUCUGUGGAACCAUAAGUAGCAAAAAAAAGAAAAAGAUGAUGUAUCUCACGACCAGAAAUGCAGAAUUUGAUCGUCAUGAAAUCCAGAUAUAUGAAGAGGUUGCCAAAAUGCCCCCCUUCCAGAGAAAAACGCUAGUAUUGAUAGGAGCUCAGGGUGUGGGCAGGCGAAGCUUGAAAAACAGGUUCAUAGUACUGAAUCCCAGUAGAUUUGGAACUACGGUGCCAUUUACUUCACGGAAGCCAAGGGAAGAUGAAAAAGAUGGCCAAGCAUAUAAAUUUGUGUCACGAUCAGAGAUGGAAGCAGAUAUUAAAGCUGGAAAGUAUUUGGAGCAUGGGGAAUAUGAAGGAAACCUCUACGGAACGAAGAUAGACUCUAUUCUUGAAGUUGUCCAAACUGGACGGACAUGUAUUUUGGAUGUCAACCCACAAGCACUGAAAGUGUUGAGGACUUCAGAGUUCAUGCCGUAUGUGGUCUUUAUUGCUGCCCCAGAGCUGGAGACACUGCGUGCCAUGCACAAGGCUGUGGUGGAUGCAGGGAUCACCACCAAGCUUCUGACAGAUUCAGACUUGAAGAAAACAGUGGAUGAAAGUGCCCGGAUUCAGAGAGCCUACAACCACUAUUUUGAUCUGAUCAUCAUAAAUGACAAUCUAGACAAAGCCUUUGAGAAACUACAAACUGCCACAGAGAAACUGAGAAUGGAGCCACAGUGGGUUCCAAUCAGCUGGGUUUACUGAUGAUACAAUAGGCUAACAAUUAAAAUAAAACUAGUGACUCAACAAAUAAACCUUCUGCUGAGAGAAUACAUGCACAGAUAGAAGAUAAUCUGCCCAAUCAAGGCAUUUUUAUUGUGUAGAAUGAAAUAACAGUACACUAUUCUGAAUUUUUAUAUAAAAUGUGGUUGAGAAGGUGUACUAAUAUAUAAUUUAUCUUAAUUUUUCUAACUUUUUAUGGAUAAUCUUUCUAUUCAUAUCACAUAAAGAAAUGCGUUGAAGCAUUUUGUAUGUUUUGAUUUAGUGCCCUUUUUCAUCAAAGGAAUUUUCAGAUCAUUCACUCUUAACAUUGGUCUCACAUUUUCACUGUGAUAAUGAAUACUUGAAAUAGUUUUGUAAAGCUGUCAUCUAGUUCAGUAACUAGUGAAGGGUCAGAUGCUCUUAUUAGAAGAAAAUAGUAGUUAUCAACCUUUCCUUCUUAAUCAGAAUUUUACAGAAGCAGGAUUUGAAAAUCAGUGCUAUGGCUACUCUCCUACCAUCUAAGUCUGAUAUCAGAAAAUCCUUCCAGUGUCACGUAUUUUACAUUAUUUCAGUGAUUGAUUGCUAAUUUAUACAGUAAGAUUAGCUUUUUCCCCCUCGUUUCUAAACGAGUGAAGAAAUGAAGAGCAAUUGCACUCUCUUACAAGAUUAUUCUUUUCAUUUGUUGCUGUGACGUGCUGAUGCUAACUGACAUGUAUAAAAUCUUGAGCCAGGUCAUGCACACUGAGAGAGUGCCUUAUCCUGGAAAAUACAAAUUCAUACUUUUAAGGGUAUAGUCAGUAAAACUGUGCCUCUGCAAAUGUCUGUGCUGUUUAAAGAUGGCUCUAAGUUUACCAUUGGAAGUGUUUUUGUGAAGGAUCCCUGAUUUUUGAAUGUGAUGUUAGUGUUAGGGUACUUGUUAUCUUUGUUGUAUGAGGAAAUCAAAUCCAUUGAAUAAUAUACAAAAAUUAGACAUAUAUGUCUGUUUUAUAUAUACACAUAGUGGGUACAUUAUAUAAUAUGUAUCAUAUUUUAUAUACAUCAUAAAAUA